AUGGCUGACCUAGAAUACUUUAAAUGCCAGCCGCACUGGCAAAAACAGUCCUCGCAAGAGCGCCGCAUUGUUCUGAAUCACACAAAAGCCAACCGACUUGCUGCCAAAAGCGUCAACCGCCAAUUUCCUAAGAAUGUGGCCAUCUCCUCACACUACACUUGGUGGAAUUUCCUGGCGCUGAAUCUGUUUGAACAAAUGCACAGCGUGGCCAACUUCUUUUUCACCAUCAUCUCCAUCAUCUUCUUCUUCGGGGAGACGCCCAUCUCUCCAGCCACUGUUGUGGCUCCACUCAUCGUCGUGAUGAGUGUACAGAUCAUCAAGGACGCCUACGAUGACUUUGGACGCCACCGAAGUGAUAAGAAAAUCAAUGACACCCGGUUUCCCGUCUGGGUGCACGGUGAGCAGCAGGGCUUUGAGGUUCAAUCCGGCUGGGCCAGCGUUAAAGCUCGCCAUAUCCGAUGUGGUGACCUGAUUCUCUGUCAUGAGGGCGAAUCCUUCCCUUGCGACACCCUCCUUCUAGCUUCCAGUAAUUUGGAUGGUAAGAUUGCAGUAACCACCGGUAAUCUG